UUUUGAGAUACAGUGGACAGGAGGCUGUGAACUGCACUCUGGAAAGUUCUCAGGAAGCUUCCAUAGGUUGGCUUAUCAAGGAUCAGAUUUUGUGAGCUUCCAGAACAAUUCAUGGUUGCCAUCUCCAGUGGCUGGGAAUAUGGCCAAGCGUUUCUGCAAAGUGCUCAAUCAGAAUCAGCAUCAAAAUGACAUAACACACAGUCUCCUCAGUGACACCUGUCCACGAUUCCUCUUGGGUCUUCUUGAUGCAGGAAAGGCACAUCUCCAGAGGCAAGUGAAGCCCAAGGCCUGGCUGUCCCGUGGCCUCAGUCCUGGACCUGGCCAUCUACAGCUUGUGUGCCAUGUCUCAGGAUUCUACCCAAAGCCCGUGUGGGUGAAGUGGAUGCGGGGUGAGCAGGAGCAGCAGGGCACUCAGCGAGGGGACAUCCUGCCCAAUGCUGACGAGACAUGGUAUCUCCGAGCAACCCUGGAGGUGGCCGCUGGGGAGGCAGCUGGCCUGUCCUGUCGGGUGAAGCACAGCAGUCUAGAGGGCCAGGACAUCAUCCUCUACUGGGAACAUCACAGUUCCAUGGGCUUGAUCAUCUUGGCGGUGAUAGUGCCUUUGCUUCUUCUGACAGGUCUUGUGCUUUGGUUCAGGAAAUGCUGUUUCCGUUAAGAUACACCAUGAUCCUCCUUGUCACCCUUCUCCUUUUGGGGUGAGAGACCAGCAGUUCAACAGCUCAGGAUACACCUGAACACAUCAUGGUGAUGACGUCCUCUCAACUCUCCUUGGAAAACUUUUGUCAGUUUUGCUUGUUUCUGAUUAAUGAUCAUUUGUCAAUAUAAGCUCAAUUUAGUUUUGCAGGAUUUGUUGUUCUGACCUGGGUUCUGGGACUUUAAAAUUCAAAUUUUAUCUCCAAAUGGAAUGGGAUCCUAGCAAUAUUCACAUGUUCAACUAUUAAUGGAUCAUCAGGCUUGUUAUAGAUGUCCCUUAUUCCCGAGGGCCUUCCCUGACUCACAGGUGGGAAACGGACUCUUCCUGGUCUGAACUCCCACCACAUUUCAGCCGUACUUUGCUGACUGUACUCCUCACUUCCUCUCCUUCGUUGCAGCUAUUUAGGUCCCCCUUUUCCUUCUAAUUUUUCUUCUCCUUCAAUGCAAAGCAUGUGUGUUUUUAAUAUAUGCAUACCUGGUGAAGGAUCUUGCCUUCAUGAAAUAUGUUCUCAAUAAAACUCUUUGUUGAAUUUAUGCCAAA